GAAUGUACAGUAUUAAUUUAAUGCGAACAAUAUUGACUUUCAAAGUUUAGUCUUUUAUAUAUGUUUGUUUCUCCACUCAUCUCUCGCAUUGGAUUCAAUUCAAUCCGAAGCUUAUCGAAUUUCAGACCUAGGUGCUCAAAGCAAUUACACAUGGCUCAACCACCGAUCCUGGCGUUAGCACUGCCAUCGGACACCGGUCGUGUCCUAAGCAUUCAGUCUCAUACAGUUCAGGGAUAUGUGGGCAACAAGUCAGCAGUAUUCCCGCUCCAACUGCUGGGCUACGAUGUGGACCCAAUCAAUUCUGUACAGUUCUCAAAUCACACAGGAUACCCAACUUUUAAGGGCCAGGUUUUAAAUGGAGAACAACUGUGGGAUUUAGUAGAAGGUCUUGAAGCCAAUGAUCUAUUAUAUUAUACUCAUCUGCUGACAGGUUAUAUUGGUUCGGUCUCCUUCUUGAACACAGUACUGAAAGUCGUUGAUAAGCUUCGGUCUGUCAACCCCAAGCUUACAUAUGUUUGUGAUCCUGUGAUGGGUGAUGAAGGUAAGCUAUACGUCCCUCCAGAACUGGUGGCAGUAUACCGUGAGAAGGUUGUCCCUGUUGCUUCAAUGUUGACGCCUAACCAGUUUGAAGCAGAGCAAUUGACCGGGUCCAGUAUCACUUCUGAAAAAGAUGGGCAAGAAGCUUGCAACAUUCUGCAUGCUGCUGGGCCGUCAAAGGUUGUUAUUACUAGCAUAAACAUUGAUGGCACUCUUCUCCUUAUUGGCAGUCACCAAAAAGAAAAGGGUCAAUCUCCUGAGCAAUUCAAGAUUGUGAUACCGAAAAUUCCUGCAUAUUUCACGGGAACAGGGGAUUUAAUGACAGCUUUGUUGCUUGGAUGGAGCAAUAAAUAUCCCAAUGACCUCGACAAAGCGGCAGAGCUUGCUGUCUCAAGCGUACAGGCACUUUUAUUGAGGACACUGACAGAUUAUCAAAAGGCUGGAUAUGAUUGCCAAUCAAGCAGUUUGGAAAUUCGGUUGAUUCAGAGCCAAGAUGACAUUCGCAACCCAGAAGUUAAAUAUAGAGCUAAAAGAUACAUCUGAGAUUCUGUUGUUGUCGUCUGGUCUAUUUAUUGCUUACAAUUGUCUCUAGAACGAAACAGUUUCAUUUGUACACAAUAUAUAUAAAGUGGGCCCAUUUUGCUCUUGUUGCUGAGAUAUUUAUCAUAUUCCCAUCCAUUGAAGGAAGGAGGUUCGAGGAGAACAGAAAAUCCGUGGGUUCUAACUUCCUAGCAGAUGGCAACAGAUGGUAGUAAGAAAAGCAUAAUCGGGAAAGUGCGUGUGGACGUCUGUAAGGGCAUCAAGUUGUUGCUGGAGGCAGUGUGGGCAAUCUUUAUACAUUCAAUUUAGUCCCGCUGGACGAGCUUCUCUCUUGACCACUGGGAGUUAAAUGUAGCACACCUCUAGAAAUAUUUGACUCAAUUAUUUUGCUAUUCCCUUUCUUUUGCGUUCA